AUGAGAAUACUCGGCCGUACAAUAUUUCCCAUGCUUCCGCCGUACAAUGAUCAGGAGGCUCCUCCAUACACAGACCCGGAUAAAGCCACGCCUUACCUAGGUAUUAAAGCGCGCUUGUCGCAGGUUUGGAUCAAUAGAUGGACGAUCUUGAUUAUGCUAGUACUCGUCCGUGUUCUGAUGGCUAUCACCAGCUUGGAGGGAGACAUGGGAGACGCCAAGACGAAGGCUCUUUCUGCCUGCAACAGUGUACAAUCUAUGGGAAGCACGAUGGCUUCUCUGCCUCAUUAUAUGUCUAAAGGAGUCAAUGAAUUGACAAGUGACGGCAUUACAAAGGCUGUCAAUGGGCUGGUCGAAGUACUCGGCCUCAUGAUUUCCGGAGUCGAGGGGCUGGUGCUGUUCUAUAUCAAUUUCCUCGUGCAGACUUACCUAUGUCUGUUUACCUUGGUAGCCAGGGGAGCUGCCGAGAUGGCAUUGACUGUAGCCAGUGACGUUACAAGUUGGCUUAAUAAGACACUUCCUAGCAUCGAAAACGACAUUUCUAGUGCGAUGCAAACUGCCGAAACGGGUCUGUCAAAACUCAACGACUCCAUCAACAGCAUCAAGAAAGAUUGCAAUAAUUUCAUUACGAAAGGCCUUUGUGACGAUAUUCCCAGUAUACCAACCAUUAGUCUGGAGAAUGAAAUCAAUGAAAUCAAGAGCCUCACACUCCCUUCAUCUAUUACCGACGACAUAAAUAAGGUAAAGAACGAAAUCCCGACCUUUGAUGAUGUUAAAAACAAAACAACCGAGGCAAUUCAAUGGCCAUUCGAGCAACUCAAAGGACUUGUCAAAGAUAACCUUGGAAACUACACCUUCAAUAACUCUGAAUUUCCAGUUCCUGAAAAGCAGUCACUAGAUUUCUGUGGCAAGAAUGAUGGGAUUGACGACUUCUUCACUGGGUUAGCAGACACACUCGCAUUAGCCCGAAAGGUUGCCAUUGGUGUUCUCACCGUCAUAGCAGCUCUCGUCUGUGUUCCCAUGGCUUUUAUAGAGCUCUGGCGUUGGAGAACGACAAAGAAGCGCGCUGAAAUGGUUCGUACUGUUCAUGACUCACUUGAUGUUGUCUACCUUAUCUCGCGGCCGCACACUUCAUCACUAGGCUUGAAGGCUGCUAGACUCUUCAGCAACAGUCGCUCUCAGAUUUUAGUGCGCUGGGUAUUCGCCUACGCGCUCUCAGUUCCGGCACUUGUGAUGCUGAGCUUGGGUCUCGCCGGGCUUUUCUCGAGUCUGUGCCAGUAUAUUCUACUCAAGUCUGUAGAAAAGGAGGUCCCGGAGCUUACUGCUCAAGUCAGUCAAUUUGCCGACAAGGUCGUCAGUGCAUUGACCAACGCCUCUGAAGAAUGGGCAUUGGGCACAAAUCAAGUUAUCAACUCGACUAACACUAAGAUUAACCAUAAUGUCUUUGGCUGGGUCAAUACGAGCACCACGGCUUUGAACAAGACCCUUAACACUUUCCUCGACUUAUCUAACCAGGCGAUCAACGAUACGUUCGGAAAAACACCGCUAUAUGAUGCCGUUAAGGGCAUAUUCGACUGUGUUGUGGAGAUGAAAGUCCUAAAUGUCGAAAAGGGACUGACAUGGGCAUCCGACCACGCCUAUGUCACUCUCCCUAGAGUCCCUAACGACACUUUCUCCACUGGAGCUGCUGCUAGCAUAAACAGCGGUGACAGCUUUCUAUCUGACCCAGGCUCCACUACGUCCAACGAAAUUACCGAAGUGGUUUCCAAGGUGAUCGACAAAUUGAAAGAUGCCAUAAAUACAGAGGCAAAGAUCGCGGGUGUGCUUGUUCUGCUGUGGGUGUUGAUCCUCCUAAUGGGCAUCUUACGCGCCUUGAGCCUGAGCUGUAUGCGUCGACGCGUUCGCGGCGAAGGGGGCGGGCAACCGGCUGUCCCUGGUGCUCUUGAUCGCGUCGAGCCUCCUAUUGCAAUGAGCGGCGGUGCUGCCAGUGCUCCCAACGGCUUCGAAUACGAACAUAAUCAAACCCCUCAUGGUGGGACCUACGCUUCGCAAGAUACGAACCGCAGCGCACCCCUUGGACAAGAAGACCCAUUCCAGCAAGCAGAAUACGAAUAUCAAGAUCAGAAAAUAGGAUUUGCCGGGGAACGUGACUACUCAUCAGCUGUCCACCCAACAAAUUCGUCUGACAUGCAUACCCGAAAAAGCUCCUAUGUGGAAUUUGGCGGUGAUGAGAAACAUGCCUAA